UGAGGAGAUGCCAAGCUGCUGUGUCUGUGCCACCCUCUGUGCUCCAGCACUGGUUCUCUGCUCACUAACCCGACUCACCCACGCCCUCUCUGCCUCCCGUGAGCAAGCACCAGGGCAGGGCUUGGACAGGUUCAGCUACGACUAUGAGACCAUCCGCAACGGGGGCCUGAUCUUCGCCUUUGUGGCUUUUGUGGUCGGGCUCCUCAUCAUCCUCAGCCAGCGGUUCCGCUGUGGAGGGAAGAAGAGGAGACAGGGCACCAAUGAGGACCUGUAGCUGCAGGUAGGUUUCAGGAUGCAGCCAGCUGGUAGCCAGACAGCGAUGCUUUGAGGCUCCUGUGCUUCAGGGAAGUACUUACACAGGGGUUUGUCUCAGGAGCAGGGGAGCUGAUGGCCAUCUAACACCUCCCACUCUGGUUUCAGAGCUGCCAUGGGAGCUGAGCUUCAUCCCAAGAGAAGGAGUCCUUGCCAAGAACCACCCCUUGCCCCGCUCCACUGGAUCCAUUACCCUGCUCACCCCAGGCAGGGCCAGAGCACAAACUGCCCUCGUGCUUUCCCCUCUGCUGCAGCCAGCGAGAGUUCCUUGGCUAAUAAAGUUCAA